GGCUUCUCAAAAAUGGCGGCGGCAGUGUAAAGUCUGGUGCCUGCUCCGGGGAACUAGCAUGACAGAAGUUUUGUUGCUCGGGUGGAUGAGACCCGAGGUGCGUGGUGGCCCUAGUCCCCCAUGGGUAGUGGAGACAGAGUCCUGGAGUCAGAGUCCUGAUGGCUGUCUGCAGGGCAGGCGGCCAGGAGCCUUAGGGGCAAGUCCUGCACUGGGAACGCCCCCUUACUGCCGCGCCAGCGUCCCGCCUCGGUUUGUCCUGACACCCCUGUCUCACACUCCUGGACGCUUUACCCCAGAUGCCACGGCUGCUGUGUCUCACUUAGUGUUCUCUGUGGGCCAUCUGUGCUGCUAGAGUGCACUGCCGCCCUUCACACUACCCUGGAGCUCCUUCACUGACCCAUCUUGCUGCAGGCAUUCAGGCCCCCGGCCCAGCUCCCUCCCGGCGGGGGGGGCCCCCUUUCCAGGAGCACCGACAGACACAGCACUCUGCAAUUCUCUCCAGGGAAAAUAAAACAGAAGACAGCAUGGGACAAACAGUAAAUGAAGAUUAUUUUGAUUGGGACAAGUAUUUGAAAGAGACUGGAUCUGUAAGUGCCCCUUCAGAAUACUUUAGACAGUCUAAGAUUCCACCAAGUAAUGAAUUCCAAGUCGGUAUGAAAUUGGAAGCCCGUGACCCUCGCAAUACUGCUUCAGUGUGUGUUGCUUCUGUUAUUGGAACUACUGGAGCCAGAUUACGUUUACGAUUGGAUGGUAGUGACAAUAAGAAUGAUUUUUGGAGACUUGUUGAUUCAUCAGACAUACAGCCUGUUGGGACAUGUGAACAAGAAGGAGAGUUACUUCAGCCUCCAUUAGGAUACAGAAUGAAUGUUUCAUCAUGGCCCAUGUUCUUACUACGGACACUAACUGGAUCUGAACUGGCCCCCUCAGUGUUCUUUAAGAAGGAACCACUACCGCCCCCCUUAAAUAAUUUUAAAGUUGGGAUGAAAAUUGAAGCUGUCGAUAGAAAAAAUCCCUUUAUGAUCUGUCCUGCCACAAUUGGAGCUGUCAAGGGAGAUCAAAUUCAUGUUACUUUUGAUGGGUGGAGUGGAACAUUUGAUUAUUGGUGUAAAUAUGACUCUCGGGACAUCUUCCCAGUUGGAUGGUGUUACCUCACAGGAGAUGUGUUGCAGCCACCAGGAAAGAAUGGUAAGCUAAUACCUAAUUACGUGAAAACAAAGUCUUCCACCUCCAAAGGAGCUCAAUCUUCAAAGAAGUCUCCAAGGAAAACAACUAUCCUACUGCCAGUACCACAGACCAGCAAGAAAUCAGGACAAACUAAGCCAACUGAAGAUUCCUCAGCCACUAAGAAAGACAUCACUAUUAAAAUUGUCCUACCAAAGAAAAGAGGUGGAAAGUCAGGAAAAAAGGAGAAAUGUAUUCCAGUUGUUUGUUCUACAUCUUCAGCUUCUCUAAGUUCACUGAUGAGAAGUUCUUCAUCUAAUAGGUCUUCCGUGGGGCCAUCUAAAAUAGUGAUGUCUACAGUCUGUGUUUAUAUAAAUAAACACGGAGACUGUGGCCCCUACCUGGAUCCACAGAGAGUCCAGCAGCUACCAGACCACUAUGGGCCAGGCCCUGUGAAUGUGAUUCUUCAGCGCACUGUGCAGGCCUGCAUCGAUUGUGCCAUUGAGGCCAAGGCUGUGUUUUUAUUUCUGAAACCAGACAAUCGUGGAGGAGAAACGAUAACUGCCUUCUUUGAUGGAAAAAAACAUACCGUUCAGCUCCCACCAGUGAACAGUGCAUCAUUUGUGCUUCGCUUUCUUGAAAACUUCUGCCACAGCCUUCAGUGUGAGAAGUUUUUGAGUAGCCAGCCUUUCAAACCUAAGGCUCAUAUUCAUACCACUACUACAGAUAUUGAUCCAAACAAACCAGUAAGUGAGGAACUGAAGGAAAAUAGAAGUCUCAAACGAUUUUCUACGCAACCUCUCCCUUUUGCUCCUGUCUCAUCUAAGCUUCCCAGAAUGGCUGGACGACCCUCUAAAGUAUUGUCUCCUGAGGUACAUGCCAUGUCAGAAAUGAAAAGUUUUACUGAAACUUCUGAGAAUUCAUCAGUAUGCGACUCUAUGUGUCCUGCAUGUACUUCAGUCUUCAAGAGUGUUUCUGAGAUUGUGUCAAAUACCUCAAGUACAUCUGUAGUUGUGAAAAAGCCAUCUACCUCUAAGACUUAUAAGCAUGUUAAAUUUCAAUGGAAGAAGAAAAGUGAAGCUUCAAGUUAUAUAGCUGUACCUGAUCCCAGUGUCUUGAAACAAGGCUUCUGUAAGGACCCUUCAACCUGGUCUGUGGAUGAAGUGAUACAGUUUAUGAAACAUAGAGAUCCUCACAUAUCAGGCCCCCUCGCCGACCUCUUCAGGCAACAUGAAAUUGAUGGAAAAGCCCUGCUUCUACUGAAGAGUGAGAUGAUGAUGAAGUACAUGGGGCUGAAACUAGGACCAGCAUUAAAACUAUGUUACUACAUUGAAAAACUUAAAGAAGCUAAUUAUAAUUGAAUGCAAAUUUAGUUUAGAGAUAAGUCUCAGGUAUUCUGAAAACCUUUUACUUUAAAAGUAGUUUUCCUAUCAGUUUCUAUUUUAUAGGUUUUUAUAAAUUUUUUUAUCAAAAUUGUACAGUUAUAUUGACGGUAUAUUCUUACUCUUUAAAUACAAUUCAAUAUGUUUGUGUUAGCAUUCUUCCAACUGAGUAUUCAUUAUUUAUGUGUUUAAUUAUUUUUUACGAGUGUUUUUCAUGUAGCCAUCAGAGGAAAACUGUUUAUUUUGAUUUCUCUUUAUAUCUAGAACCAAACAAUUAAACCCCAAUGGGGACAAUACCAACAACUUAACCUCUAUUACACAAACAUGCAAACUUUUCCUCAAAAAAGAAUUUAAAGAUGCACUUACAGUCUCUUCUUCUUCUCAAUUAUUUUGUAUGUCUGAUUUUACAGUGUUUUGUUCAUGAUCUACUGCUACUAC